AAAAAUUAAGAUAUAUAUAUAUUUGUUUGCGAGUGAGAAGAUCCAACAAAGAUGUCAACGGCUUUGGUUUAUUGGCAGUCAAUGAACGGCGGCAGCGUUGCAAAUGGACACGAGAAGGCCACUGACACUGGCACAGCAUCCGGUAGCGGCAGCGGUGGCGGCGCCUGGUCGUCGUCAUCAUCAUCACAUGCAUCCUCGUACAUGCAACCCUUUGCUGCACGCGACCUAAACCCCCCAUCAGUGGUAAAGGAGGCGCCGCUGCCGCCACUACCGCCGCCGCCCCAUUACAUCAAUUAUUUGGCACAAAUUGGCUGCCAGCAUCGUGUGAGGAGAAGCUACGAUAAUAAUGAUCAUGAUCAUGUGGAUCUUGAUCCACGGCAUAUCAGUUCCCGAUUCCACAGAGUCCAGCGAGGCAACUCUGCUUUCCCGACUGCGGAUCAGGUGGAUGGCAAUAUCUUGAUCGGCGGCGGUGGUGCACAGAAGCUGAAUCAGCAUCAGCAUCACGCAAGUCCUGCAACAUCGUACAGUUUAUCUGCUUAUGGGUCCAGUACGGGCACCGUGGCCGUGGACACAUCGCAGGGCGGCGGUAGCGGUGGUGGCGGCGGCGGUGGCAGACAGCGACAUGCACCGCUCUAUGGUCGCUUUGUUGUUGAAGAGGAUCUGCCUGCCACGCAUCGUGAUGUGAUGCAUCAUCACCCUAGUCCUUCGUCUUCGUCGGAGGUGCGUGCCAUGCAGGCCCGCAUUCCCGCACACUUUCGGGAUCCCGCUUCAGGACCAUUACGAAAGCUGAGCGUCGAUCUGAUAAAGACCUAUAAGCACAUUAACGAGGUAUACUAUGCGAAAAAGAAGCGACGUGCCCAGCAGACACAAGGCGACGAUGACUCGUCGAACAAAAAGGAGCGCAAAUUAUAUAACGAUGGCUAUGACGAUGAUAAUCAUGAUUAUAUAAUCAAGAAUGGUGAAAAGUUCUUGGAUCGCUAUGAGAUUGAUUCGCUAAUUGGCAAAGGCAGUUUCGGUCAAGUCGUGAAGGCCUACGAUCACGAGGAGCAAUGCCAUGUGGCGAUCAAAAUAAUUAAGAAUAAGAAACCGUUCCUAAAUCAGGCACAAAUCGAGGUCAAGCUGCUCGAAAUGAUGAAUCGUGCGGAUGCUGAAAAUAAAUAUUAUAUCGUCAAGCUCAAGCGUCACUUUAUGUGGCGCAACCAUCUGUGCCUGGUCUUCGAGCUGCUCUCAUACAACCUGUACGAUCUGCUUAGGAACACAAAUUUCCGCGGCGUCUCGCUGAACCUCACGCGCAAAUUUGCGCAGCAACUGUGCACGGCGCUGCUGUUCCUUAGCACGCCCGAACUGAACAUAAUACACUGUGAUUUGAAGCCCGAGAAUAUCUUGCUAUGCAACCCCAAGCGCUCGGCCAUCAAAAUUGUUGACUUUGGCAGCUCCUGCCAGCUGGGACAGCGCAUCUAUCACUACAUCCAGUCGCGUUUCUAUCGCUCGCCAGAGGUGCUACUGGGCAUACAGUACGAUCUGGCCAUCGAUAUGUGGUCGCUGGGCUGCAUUUUGGUUGAGAUGCACACGGGAGAGCCGCUCUUCUCGGGCUGCAAUGAGGUCGAUCAGAUGAACAAGAUUGUCGAGGUACUGGGCAUGCCGCCCAAAUAUCUGCUCGAUCAGGCUCACAAGACGCGCAAGUUCUUUGACAAGAUCGUCACCGAUGGCUCCUAUGUCCUGAAGAAGAACCAGAAUGGCCGCAAAUACAAGCCGCCAGGAUCACGGAAGCUGCACGACAUACUCGGUGUGGAAACGGGCGGACCGGGUGGCAGGCGAUUGGAUGAGCCGGGACAUUCGGUGUCGGACUAUCUCAAGUUCAAGGAUCUGAUAUUGCGCAUGCUGGACUUUGACCCAAAGACGCGCGUCACACCGUACUAUGCCUUGCAGCACAACUUCUUCAAGCGCACCGCCGACGAGUCGACCAACACCAGCGGCGCGGGUGCCACAGCGAAUGCCGGUGCUGGUGGCAGUGGUGCCAGCGGUGGCAGUGGCGGCGGUGGCUGCAGCGGAGGUGGCGGUGGACCAGGUGCAAGCACCAGCAGUGCCGUCUCUGCCAGUUCAGCAGCAGCAGCAGCAGCAGCGGCAGCGGCCAGUUCAUCAUCCACCACCUCCUCCACGACAACAACCGGCGGUGGCAAUGGCAGCAGCGGCAGCACUGGCUCUGGAUUGACGUUAGCGGCGGCGGCGGCGCAGCAGCAACAACAGCAACAACCGAUGUCCCUGCCGCUGCCACUGGCGGGUCCGGGCGGUGCAUCGACGUCAGCGUCUGUUGUGGAUGCCCACAGUCAUGGUCUGCAUGCACUCAUGCACCCGAAUGCCGCUGCCAGCGCCAUGAACAACUUCUCUGCCCUCAGUCUGCAGUCUGCCGCCCAUCCGCCCGCUCUGGCUGUCCACAACAACCACCACAGCAGCAGCAUUCACAGUAACAACAACAGCAGCAACAACACCAGUCACAGUAACAGUAACAGCAGCCACAGUAACAGCCUGAAUAGCCUAAACCACAUUAACAGUAACAGUAACAGUGGUGGAGGCAACAGUCGCCGUCACUUGUAUGGCAGCAACAACAGCUAUCCGCAUCCGAUGGACUGCGAUCCGCCGCAUGGCCAGGUGAUGCCGCCCCCACCGCCCAACGGACGCAUGCGUGUACCGGCCCUGCUUCAGAUGUCAAACUAUUAUGCGCCAACAUCCUUGCCCUACUACGGGAAUAUGUCAGCGGCCGCGGCCGCAGCAGCUGCUGCUGCUGCCGCGGCCGCCUCGCACCUGAUGAUGACCGACUCCAGUGUGAUCAGUGCGUCGGCGGCUGGCGGGCCAGCCGGGCCGGCUUCGGUGGGAGCCACUGCCAGCGCCGCGGUACCCAUGCCCGUGUCCGCCUUUAUGCCCCUGCCGAUGCCGCCACUGCCACUGCCAUUACAACUGCCGUUGUCAACGUCCACCACCUCCACGGCCGGAAUGUCCUCUAUGCCCAUGCCGAUGCCCAUGUCCAUGCCAAUGCCCAUGCCCAUGCAAUCAGCUGGCCAGCGACGACAUGUGGUCGUUGGGCCUGGCAGUGCGGGUGGGGUUGUGGGUGCCACUGGGAACAGCAGUGGCUCAGCGACAGGCGCCAGCAGCGAUGCCUCUUCCUCAUCGCCAAUGGUGGGCGUUUGUGUUCAACAGAAUCCUGUAGUUAUACACUAGCCUAAAGCGUUAUCAAUUAUCGCCUAUUAAUAUGUAAUACUAUUUUUUUUUGUGCACCACCGUUCUGUCGUGGCGUGGAGCACUCUCUGUCACGCUGCCCCAGAAAUACCGCUAUUUAUUGCAGCCAAUCAUCCAAGAUUCAUUAUCGCAAACAAACACAAACACACACACCCACACCCACACAGCUGUUAACUGUGUAGAAGAACGAUUGUGUGUUGAGGUGUAUAAGAACAACUUAUACAUAUAUCCCACGAUCCACAAAGCACAGUUACUUCAGUACUCGUGGGAGAAAUCAAACCCACGCAUAUGCAUACAUAUAUAUGUGUAUAUGUAUGUAUGUAAUCAAAACUAGCUGAAAUUGACCCUCCCAUCCACACACAUACACUCAAAUAUGGUUUAGUCACUUCACACCCACACACACACGCUCUCAAAACGCUCACAGCAGUCGUCUCGGCAUCCCAACUGUGUGGGAAUACGCUAGAAACGCGUUUUUAGAACACAUUAUUUUUUUUGGUCUAAUUUUAAUGCUAAAAUUAAAGAUUUAAUUUAAUAAACGACAUAACAUUUAACUAUAAACGAA